AUGAAAGCGAUGGAAAGGAUGUCGUCGGAGCAUGCAUCGACGUCCUCUUUGGCUCAGGAUGGCGGAUCGGGAGGUCGCCAUCUGACCAUUCUGUACAUGACGCAGACCGGCACUUCGCAGGAUGUCGCACUUCGCAUCGCACGGCAGGCCAAGCGCAAGCGCUACACGGUCGACGUGGCGGACGUGGCAGACUACGACGUGACCGACCUGGUCGACGAGUCGCUCGUGCUCUUCCUCGUAUCGACGACGGGACAGGGAGAGUUCCCAACCACUGCACGCGCGUUUUGGAACUUCUUGCUGCGCAAAGGCAUUCCGGAAGACAUCCUGGCCGAUGUGCACUUUGCCGCGUUCGGGCUGGGAGAUACGACGUAUACGCGGUUUUGCUGGCCAGUCAGACUGCUGAGUCGGAGGCUCAAGGCUCUCGGCGCGGUAGAGGUGACGCAGCACGGCGAAGGCGACGACAUGCAUUACCUCGGGCUCGAAGGGUCGCUCGCUCCGUGGCUCGAGCAGUUCUGGGACAAGAUGGAUGCGAUGAUGCCCAUGCCAGAUGGCGUUAAGGAGAUUGGGCGGGACGAGCUGCUGCCUCCCGCCACCACGAUCGAGAAGGUGGAGGGCAUCGAUGGGUUGAAUGGCAGCAAGACCGACGGAUUCCACCAGCAGCUGCGCGAGCAAGGCUGGAUCGAGUCGACGCUCAAGAAGAACGAUCGCAUGACAGCCUCGGAUCACUUUCAAGACGUCAGGCUGCUCGAGUUCCUGCCAUCUCGAACCGCCUCGUCGAAUGGCAAUGGUGAACACCACGACUCGAAUCAUACCGACGAAGCUUCCGCCGUGGUCACGCCCAACACAUUCCAACCGGGCGACGUGCUUUGCUUGCAUCCGAUCAACGAUGCCGCCAGCGUCACAGAGAUGCUGUCUCGCCUCGGCCUCGAUGGAGAUACCCGCGUGACGGUCUCAGGAGCGACAGUCCCACCCACCGUGGCGCAGUCUCCGCACAGCUUGACGGUGCGCGAUCUGUUCACGCACCAUCUCGACUUCACCGCGGUACCGACGCAGUCGUUCUUCGAUCAGAUCCGUCUCUUCUCUCCCGUGGGCUCGCUCGAGCGCGAGAAGCUGGACGAGUACUGCGGCAUCUAUCCUGCCGAGGCGCUGGCGAAAGGCGAUGUGAACACGCAGGAGGGCAUUGACGAGAUGUUCGAAUACGCGCAACGGCCGCGGCGCACGAUCAAGGAGGUGCUGGACGAGUUCAAGUCGGUGCAGAUUCCGCUCGAGUACGUGGGUGAUGUGCUGCCGUGGAUCAAGCCGCGCGAGUUUAGCAUUGCGAGUCCGCCGCCCGCUGGUAGCGAGGCGGGUGCGAUCGAGUUGAGCGUGGCGAUUGUCAAGUACAAGACGCGGCUGCGAAAAGCCCGCACUGGACUGUGCACGCGCUGGCUCGCCCAGCUGCCCAAGGAUGCGGAGGUGCCGAUCUUGCUCAAGCGCGGAUACCUCACACUGCCGCCGCGCCAAGCUCCGUUGAUCCUCGUCGGCCCGGGCACCGGAUGUGCGCCGCUGCGCUCGCUCGUUCUGGACCGCCUCGCGAGUGCAGACACGUCGGCCGAGAUCCACCUCUUCCUCGGCUUCCGAUACCGCACCAAGGACUACCUCUUCGGCGAUGACUGGGAGGCGAUCAAGCAGAAGCACGCGGAUAGGCUCCAUCUGCACACCGCCUUCAGCAGGGACGGCGACGACAAGAUCUACGUGCAGGACCUCAUCGCCAAGCCCGAGUAUGGGCAGCUGCUCUGGACGGCCAUCGUGCAGCGCAAUGCGCACAUCAUCGUCGCCGGCGCGUCUGGAAAGAUGCCAGAGCAGGUGCGCGGGGCGUUUGAAUCGCUCGCCCAGCAGCAUGGGGGUAUGGACGAUGAUCAGGCUAAGCGGUUCCUCGACGCGCUCGAAAGGAAUAGGCGCUGGCAGGAGGAGUGCUGGUCGUAG